AUGGACACUUCUGGGCACUUCCAUGACUCGGGGGUGGGGGACCUGGAUGAAGACCCCAAGUGCCCCUGUCCAUCCUCCGGGGAUGAGCAGCAGCAGCAGCAGCAACAGCCGCCACCAGCGCCAGCACCCCCGGCAGCCCCCCAGCAGCCCCCGGGACCCCUGUUGCAGCCUCAGCCUCAGCCUCAGCCUCAGCCUCAGCAGCAGCAGCAGCAGCAGCCACCGCAUCCCUUGUCUCAGCUCGCCCAACUCCAGAGCCAGCCCGUGCACCCCGGCCUGCUCCACUCCUCUCCCACGGCUUUCAGGGCCCCCCCCUUGUCCAACUCCACCGCCAUCCUCCACCCUUCCUCCAGGCAAGGCAGCCAGCUCAAUCUCAAUGACCACUUGCUUGGCCACUCUCCAAGUUCCACAGCCACAAGUGGGCCCGGUGGAGGCAGCCGGCACCGGCAGGCCAGCCCCCUGGUGCACCGGCGGGACAGCAACCCCUUCACGGAGAUCGCCAUGAGCUCCUGCAAGUACAGUGGUGGGGUCAUGAAGCCCCUCAGCCGCCUCAGCGCCUCCCGGAGGAACCUCAUCGAGGCUGAGCCCGAGGGCCAACCCCUCCAGCUCUUCAGCCCCGGCAACCCCCCCGAGAUCGUCGUCUCCUCCCGGGAGGACAACCAUGCCCACCAGACUCUGCUCCAUCACCCCAAUGCCACCCACAACCACCAGCACGCCGGCACCACCCCCAGCGGCACCACCUUCCCCAAAGCCAACAAGCGGAAAAACCAAAACAUUGGCUAUAAGCUGGGACACAGGAGGGCCCUGUUUGAAAAGAGAAAGCGGCUGAGUGACUAUGCUCUGAUUUUUGGGAUGUUUGGAAUUGUUGUUAUGGUGAUAGAGACCGAGCUCUCUUGGGGUUUGUACUCAAAGGAUUCCAUGUUUUCGUUGGCCCUGAAAUGCCUUAUCAGUCUGUCCACCAUCAUCCUCUUGGGUUUGAUCAUCGCCUAUCACACACGUGAAGUCCAGCUCUUCGUGAUCGACAACGGUGCGGAUGACUGGCGGAUAGCCAUGACCUACGAGCGCAUCCUCUACAUCAGUCUGGAGAUGCUGGUGUGCGCCAUCCACCCCAUCCCCGGCGAGUACAAGUUCUUCUGGACGGCUCGCCUGGCCUUCUCCUACACGCCCUCGCGGGCGGAGGCCGACGUGGACAUCAUCCUGUCCAUCCCCAUGUUCCUGCGCCUGUACCUGAUCGCGCGCGUCAUGCUGCUGCACAGCAAGCUCUUCACCGACGCCUCGUCCCGCAGCAUCGGGGCGCUCAACAAGAUCAACUUCAACACGCGCUUCGUCAUGAAGACGCUCAUGACCAUCUGCCCGGGCACCGUGCUGCUGGUGUUCAGCAUCUCUCUGUGGAUCAUCGCGGCCUGGACCGUCCGCGUCUGUGAAAGGUACCAUGACCAGCAGGACGUAACUAGUAACUUUCUGGGUGCCAUGUGGCUCAUCUCCAUCACAUUCCUUUCCAUUGGUUAUGGGGACAUGGUGCCCCACACAUACUGUGGCAAAGGUGUGUGUCUUCUCACCGGCAUCAUGGGUGCGGGCUGCACCGCCCUGGUGGUGGCCGUGGUGGCCCGAAAGCUGGAGCUCACCAAAGCGGAGAAGCACGUGCACAACUUCAUGAUGGACACGCAGCUCACCAAGCGGAUCAAGAACGCUGCAGCCAACGUCCUCCGGGAGACGUGGCUCAUCUACAAACACACGAAGCUGCUGAAGAAGAUCGACCAUGCCAAAGUCAGGAAGCACCAGAGGAAGUUCCUCCAAGCGAUCCACCAACUGAGGAGCGUCAAGAUGGAGCAGAGGAAGCUGAGCGACCAAGCCAACACCCUGGUGGACCUCUCCAAGAUGCAGAACGUCAUGUAUGACUUAAUUACGGAGCUCAAUGAUCGGAGUGAGGACCUGGAGAAGCAGAUUGGGAGCCUGGAGUCCAAGCUGGAGCACCUCACAGCCAGCUUCAGUUCCCUGCCCGUGCUCAUCGCGGACACGCUGCGCCAGCAGCAGCAGCAGCUGCUCUCGGCCAUCAUCGAGGCCCGGGGCGUCAGCGUGGCAGUGGGCACCACCCACACCCCACUCUCCGACAGCCCGAUUGGGGUCAGCUCCACCUCCUUCCCGACCCCGUACACAAGUUCAAGCAGUUGCUAAAUAAACCUCCCCGCUCCAGAAGCAUUACCCAUAGGUCUUAAGAUGCAAAUCAGCUCUCUCCUGGUCCCUUUGCCGUCAAGGAACGCUGAGACCAGGGAAUGUAAAGAAGAGAGUCCGAGCUACUUAACUAACUCAUGUUCAUUCAGCGUGCUUGGUUCGAUAUGCCUUGAAACCAGAAAUCUAAUCUCUGUUUAGGUGCCUCUCCUUGGAAGCAGGAAGCUGAGAUGACAGGAAGCGACACCUCUGGCAGGGCCCUUGCUGCAGAGCUGGUGGAGAACAGAAAUCCACGCUCAAUCUCAGGUGUUCACAGCGGGAGUGGGAGCCACAUGCGCUUGACGCGGCCAACAGUGAUCCGCCCAGAGAGGGUCCCGCUGGGGGAGGGGGCGUGUGAGGCUUGGGGAGUGGGCUCCUCACCACUGGGGUCCUCGAGCACACCUCUCUCUUUUCCUUUUGUCUGAGGGAGCCGCUGGAUGGCAAAAGGAAAAGAGAGCUGCCCACAACUUGCCAAAAACAGUCAUUCUUUCCUCCCAAACCUUAUACAAUCAUAAAGCCCAAUUGAGAUGGAGGGGAAAAAAAAAACACCCAGAAAAAUAAAAAGCCAGAUUUCCCAUCCAUCCAAUAUCAAUACCCAUAUAAACCUGUGUGUUUGCAAGAACGUGCACACACACACACACACACACACACACACACACACACACAUCCCACAUCCCACCCAAGUCUUGUCUUGUCUUUGAACUUGACCCAAAUGAAAAGGGGCCUGGCACCUUCCCCUGCACACAGUAGGCACUCUCUCUAAAUGUGUGUUGAGUUGGUCUGGACCCCAGUGUGGGUGCUUUCCAUCCAGGGAGCUUUCUGGUGUUGGCCACAUGCUGAGCUUCACAGAAGGUACAGGUCCCUUCAGACACAGUACAGGUUGCUUCAUCCUGGAUGUGCACCAGGUUGCUGGGUUUGAGAGGAUGCCAAGCUAAAACUGUUGGCAUUCUGGAGGGAUAAGCAGCCUUCCAAAAAUAACAGCUUUGCAGAGUUUUCUUCUUAUAUCCGAACGAGUCAUGUUCCUAUGGAGCACGUGACCAGGGGUGUGCAUGUGGGGGACGGGGUCUACACAGGCACAGGCAGGGGCGACCCAAUGACACUUGAGUAAAUAGACGUGUUGUCUGGGGAUUCGCUCAGCGAGAUGUAUCCAGCAACGGGUCUCCAGGUCCAGAUGUUAGGAGUACAAAGGGGUCAUGUGCCCCAUGGGGUCCCUUCUACCUGACCUGAAAUCACCUCCACAUGAAAUAUUAUGAGAUUAAAGGGAUCCCUUAGGGAACCUUGUGGGUCAGGUGAGAUGACAUGGAUAUGUCUGUAGCCUGUUCCUACUGUGCCAUGUUAACCUUGGUGCAAAAACUAUUCUAAUAUCUCGCCAACUCCAAGAGACUUCAGAAACAUUGCCAUCCAGUGUAGGGACAGGCGUUGUGAGGAGGGGGCCUGUGGGAAGCAAAGUAUUUCCAGGGCUCCGUGACCAACCACACAUAGCAGUUGUCAUGUGGAAGCGUCGUGUUGCUCAUCACUUUCUCACUCUGAGGCCUUUGACGUCUGCCCAUGGGGAGCUACAGGAUGCUGCAUGGAGCAUUUUGCCUGUUUAGGGUGAAACAAAAGGGUGUCCUGGUUGCCCUGCUGGGCUUCGCUUUGUGCAGGACGCCGCCGCCAUUCUGGAGGCCGUGUUCUGGCUGGGCUGGCUUUCCUUCUGCCGGACUGGCCUGGUCUCCUGAGACAAGGGAACCAGCAAAAGGUGGAUGACUCUAGAACUAAGGCCAUUCUUCUUUUUUUAAUCCUCACCUGAGGAUAUGUUUUAAUUGAUUUUUAGAGAGGAAGUGAGAGAGAAAGAGAAAGAGAGAGAGAGAGAGAUUGAUCAAUUUCCUCCCAUAUGAGCCCGGACGAGGGAUUGAGCCUGCAACGUUUUUGAUGUACAGGAUGACACUCCAAUUAACUGAGCCACCUGGCCAGGGCAAACUAAGGCCACUCUUGCUAAACUUUUUUUUUUUUUUAACCUAUUUAAUUGGUGUUGCUGUUCCUUUCAUGGUCUCAUGUUUAUUCGAUAAUCCCUUUGAACAUUUUCAUUGGUUGCUUUGCACACCACAGAUGCCGCCCUUGCUGUUGGCUUUUUAUGUUUUUGUCCUUUUAACUAUUGACUCUCGGAAGGAUCUCUCUCCGUUUUCAUGGCCCAAGAAUGGCGCUCCUGCUUUCAGUGGCGGUUCAGCUGAACAUACAAACCCAUGUGUAAACAGGUGACAUGACCAUGCAGUCUCUUUAAAGCAUCAGUUCCAUUUCACGGAGUAAGGACCACUGCCAGGUCAAGUUGAGGGUGCCAACUCUGACCAUUUAACCUACAGCCCUCAACUAUUCACUCCUAUUCACCCUUUCCACUCUGCUCAGCGCUGUGAUACGUGUGUGUGUGUGCACGUGCACACAAAUAUCAAUUUAUCCUUCAUUUCAAAUAAAUGACGUGCAAGAUUCCACUGCCAUUCCCCCAGCCCCAAAGUGUGCACAGACCAUCAUUGACCCACCCAGUCUGUGGAUAAAUCGUCUGUAAUCCAUCAUGAAUGUUGUACACUUAGUUGAGCGCGGAAGACCAUGCUAGCAACACUAGUAAAGGGUGUGGUUGGAGUUACUUCCAGUAGCAGUAGCCACUGGCAUCCUAGAAACACAUUGGCAUUGGGAGCAUGCCUUGACCUAUUGGUAGUGCAAUAGCUAUGGAUGGAUUUUAUUGUUGGCAAAAGAAUACUUAAUCUCCCCCCCCCGCCCCCCCCUCCAAAAAAAAAGUCAUCAAAUUUGCAUGUUGAUCUGCACUGGUAAAUGGAAGGCUGCUUCUCUGUGCUAGUAAUUCAGCUGGAUGUGGGAAGUUACCCAUUCUCCUGCAAGGACAAUCAACCCCCGAUGACUUAGGUAUGGAUGAUCCAGGGUAUGUUACCCGGAUGUUCCUCUCACAGCCAGUCUUUUGGCUGAUCCCACUGUGCUUCAGCAUCACAGGCCGAGGGGGGAAGAGGGCAGGCGGACUCUCAUACCAUGCCCUCUUGUUCCUUAUUUUCAAGUUUGAUGGUGGAGGAGGUUUAAUGAUCUGCUCAAGAAUUGGCUCUAUGUAAAAAACUGUGCAUUACGAUCCCCUCCAAUGCUGAACUGGUUGAGUUCUGUCCACUCCUGGAAGGCUGACCUAGUGCAGAGUCCCUACUAUAACCUUCAUGAUAACUUAGUAACAGGUCAAAGUACCCUAAUGUUCCCUAAAAUAUCUAGACACUUGAAAAAACAAUAACACAGGGCCACUUCCCCCCUCUACCCCCAUCGCUUAAGCCAUAUUAUAGCCUCAUGUACUGUAAAGUCAGGGAUGUACUGUGAUACUUUAAGACCACUAAUCUCAGUGGAACUUCAGGAUAUAGCAUCAGUUGUAACUCAUACCAGACUAGGGGCUCACUCCUCCUUAGAUUGAAGUCCAAACGGAAAUCACCUUUGGCUCAAAGGCCACAUACGUAGGAUCAUCAGGAAUAAAUUGCCAUAAGGUAUCUAUGAACCGCUCUCGCAACCCUCAUAAUAUGUAACUUCGUGAGUUCCUAUCUCCAGAAAUGCUUAAUAUGACCCAAAUGAGCAAGAGGCUCAAGGCCCUGAGUCACCCUCACUAGUGACCUCAGCAGGGACCAGUGGUGUAACAGCAGCCUCGUGACUUAGGAGGUGGAGGAAAAGUAUGUGCAAGUAAGUUCCAAAGUGCUGAGCAACGGCAAGCUAUUGUUUAUUUAAGGAUAAGAAGGCACCGGCUGGAAAAACUAAUGACUUUCAUAUAUUUGAGGAUUUCCCCCUUAGAUUUCAGUAAUGUCCUUGUGAGUGCGUGAUCGUGGAAAAGAAGAAAACUAGAGAUUCAGAAUCAGAAUAAAAUUCUAACACUGGAUCCCCAUCUUUGGCCAAUUCAUAAAACCACAUCAUACCUCAGUUUGUCUGUACUUAAAAUGAAGACACUAGUUAAUGUUAUUAAGAACAAGGUAUUCAAUCGAUUUAAAAAAAAAAAAAUGGAAUCACUAUUGUCAUCAACAGCAAGCCAGACCAAAUCUAUCUAACCCACACUUUGACGUGACAGCUGAAGGCAAUCAGGAGUUACCAAAAAAUCAUUAUUAUCUAUCAAGUAGACAGGGAGAGAGAUAGGAGGAGCACACAGCUCCGGGACCUCUCUGCUCUUCAGAGUGCACCCCGACAAGCAGUGCACCCCGAUUCUGAAUCAGUGUUGCCCUGCCAUCACAGCACCGCACCUGGGCCACGAUGAGAGCCUUGCACUACCAGUAGGUUACUCCUCUUCUUAAGUUACUGCCUUUAAAUCCUAAACUGUGUCCCCAGGUCCAUCCAGUCAUUCUACUUCCCUGGAAGUUGCUGGGAAGCAGAUGAAGGAUCCGUUAGUGGUCGUUUUGCUGUCCCCUAUGGACUCCGCUGCGUCCGGUUUCAGUACCUUAGACAGCUACCUGGUGGCUUCCUGGUAGGCGCGGAACAGCCCCUUCCCUUCCCCCUGCAUUCAGACAGCUUGAUGGCGCUCUGGACAGUUUCCCUUCCUUCUCUGCUGCCACCAAAGUAAUCAUGGGGAACGCGGCUGUUGACCCCACUAAGAAAGGAUGUUCCGGGAUAGCAAUAGUCACUGUCGGCCUCCGGCAUAGAACGUAGGUGAGCGCGCUUCGUCCUGCAGGCUUGUGCCAGGUUGCAUGAAUAGAAAUGAAUAUUAAACUCCUGUCAGGCAAGGGACAUGUAGCUAUGUACUGGCAUAGAUGGAAGCUUGUUAAACAGUAUUCCGUGCAAUGGUAUAUUCUAAUCUAGGCUAGGAGGAAAUAACUGUGAUCUUUUUUUUCUUACACCAUUACUGGAAGCGCCCAAACACAAACUGGAGUUCCCUCUGAACAAAACCAUGAUCCAAUCCUCAACGUAUGACCUCCAAUCUAGGUGCCAAGUGCCCUGUGACACUCAUUGACACACCUGAGAAUCGCAUUCUGGAAGCGGUCACCUUGGACCCGGACCAUGUGUUGAAACAAACAAAAGAGACGUUGUGGCCAGCCAGGCUGAUGGAGGAAAAGCACAAAAUUUAAUAUCAACCUGAAGUGAGGAUCCCAAAGAAAUGCUGAAUUUAUAGCCAAAAAAAAAAAAAAUCGAUGACAAAUCAAAUAUGAAUCUGAUUGGAACAGCCCACAUCCAGAUUCCCA